AUGAAGGAAAUAAUAAACAUUUCGCUUUCUCACAAAGCAAACCAUUUGAAUACUCAUUUCUACAACUUCCAAGAGGAUUUCCUCGAUUACAAUCCCUCAUCGUCUCAGAAAUCAUCGACUAAUGACGCUGAUUUGAAUGUGUAUAACAAUCCAAUUAUAUCACCAGAUAAGCGAUCAGUAUCUUAUAGCCCUAGAUUGAUGUUAUGGGAUAUGAGAAACGGGUUUGGGGCUCUUGAUGAAGCAGAAACUUAUAAUGAAUCAUUGACAAAGACUAGUCAAACCAUCUACAAUACCUACGGCAUUGAGACUUGGAAUAAUAAUCAAGCGGUUCAACAAAUUAAAAUAAAUGAUAACAAAAAACAGAAAAAAAGUGAUUAUCAAGAGGCAUUGGAUAAAAUGAACUUGGCCCCGAAAUUGACCCCUCAAAAUACAAUGUAUUGGUCAGAUUACUCUCGAAUGAUAUAUUCUCCAAAAAGCUUCAAUACUUUGAAAAACUGGGAAAUUGAUCCGGUACAUUACCCCAAAGGGAAGCUAAAGUAUCUUCCUCAUGAUUCACCAGCACAAAAACCUUUCAAUGAUUUCGAUUUGGGGGUUGAUGAGUGGAAACAAAAUGGGUUCAAUGUCGAUUAUUUAGACACCAAAUUCAGAUAUCUCUUGGAACAAUGUGAUAAUUUGUCAGGGAUAAAUAUCACCACAGAAUGUGAUAGUGGCUGGGGAGGAAUUUCUCAUGAAAUGAUCCCAUUGCUCAAAGAUGAAUUUUUAUCAAAAAAUACCAUAUUCUCUUGGGGGUUAUAUGAUAACUCCCCAAUGAAAAAUGCACAGCAAGUGGUUACAAGAAUCAGAAGUAUCUUGGCUUUAGUUGAAAAUAGUUCUAUUUUCUUACCGAUAUCCAUGCCAGAGAGCCUUCCAUCAAGUUUUUUUGGUGAUAAUAAGGCACUAGAAGCAAAGUUUUGCGGAUCAAUGUGGUACGAAACUGCUUUGCAAUCUGUCGCUUACGAAACUGUGAUGUCUUUGUUUGCCAAUAAGCACAAAGAGGGCGGGCAAGACAUUUAUUCAAUGAGUGAAUUGGAAAUGGGAUUGAACAUGGGAACUAAUAGAAACAUUGUCUCUCUGAUAGCUUCCAGUUUUGGUUCGAUGAAUGAUUACAUUGAUAACAGUUUUACUACAUUAGAUUUUUCAGGAAAAGCAUUCGAUCUCAAGCUGACUGGGAAAUCUGAUCAUAUUUUUGCCAAGAAUCUCGUAAUAAGACCACCAAGCGUUACGAAUGAUGAAAUUUUUGAUGAAUCCUUAAUCAUUGAUAAUUUUGGGAAAUUUACCGACUUGAAUCGAAAUCACGGAGUCUCAUUGAGGGGACUUACUAGUUAUUCCAACCAAUUGGCAUUUAGAACCCCUGAUACUUUCCCCGCAGAACAUAUUCCUAUUAAUCCAAGAGAUCACUCUGUUUCUGUUGCGUUGACUGUGUCGACUAAAGCUAAGAGAGUAUUGUUGAAUUACAAGAGAAAAUUGGGUACCCUUCUUAGAAAAAAUAGUGAUGAAAAAGAGGAUUUGGUCGAUAAAUUAGCGACUUUGGCACAAGAAUACGAAUAUGGUUGGGAUAGUGAUGAUGAUGAUUUUGAUGAUUAUUAUUAA